GGCUACGUGAAUCCCGCUAGGUGAAACGCCGCCGCUACCACUGCCUCUCGCCUGCGUUGGCCGACCAAGUCUAUCAGGCCUCUCUCGUACACACACGUCUGCGUCGGGAAAUGGAGCUCGAGCAGGCGGCGUCGCAGGCCAUCACGGACCUGGAUAAGCAACGAUCCAAGGAGAUCGACAAUGCGUCCGGGAAUCAUAACGAUACUCAUAUCAAUGGAAUGUCUAAUGGUUUCGACAAGAAGAGGGAAAACAAGUCUGAGCAUAGAGAAAAGGAUAAAGAAAGAUCUCAUAAAUCAGACCACAAGGAUAAAGACCGAAGCAAAGAUAAGGAGAGAAAUCAUAAAAGCGAACAUAGGGAUAAAGACAAAGACAGGCAUAAACAUAGUUCCAGUUCUAUCAAGGAUAAGGAGAAGCAUGACAGCAGUAGCAAGGAUAAGGACAAGGAGAAGAAGAGCUCCUCGUCCAGUAAAGACAAGGAGCACAAAAGCAGCAGUAGCUCCUCCAGCAAGGAUAAGGACAAGAGCAAAGACAAGGAACAUCAUCACAAGUCAAGCUCGAGCUCUAAAGAUAAAGACAAGGAUAGGCAUCAUAGUAGCUCCAAGGAUAGCUCAAGCAAGGACAAAGAUAGCUCAAAGAGCAAAGACAAAGACAGACAUAGACACAGUUCCUUGAAUUCUAGCUCGCGCGACAAGGAUAAGGACAAAGAUAGAAGUAUUUCGAAAGACAAGGAGAAAGAUAGAAAGCAUUCGUCGGAGAAAGACAAGGAGAGACAUUCCACUUCUCAUUCGAGCGACAAGGAGAAGCACCGUUCGGACAAGGACAAAGACAAGCACAGCUCGUCGUCCAGCAAAGACAAGCAUCGCCAUGAGAAGGACAAAGACCGCCACCGGCACGAUAAAGACAAAUCUAAGCAUCGCGACGACAAAGAGAAGAAGGAGAAAGACGUGAAGGAGGAAAUUAAAAUUAAGGAGGAGCUGAAGGAAGAACCGAACGUGAAGGUAAAUCACGCGAUUAACGAAGGGUUGCGCAUGCACUCGGAAGUAAAGCUGGAAAUAAAGGAGGAACCGAUGACGCAAAUGGAUCUAGAUGACGACGAUGAUAGCGGUGGCGAGCAACUUUACAUUAAGGAAGAUGACGAGGAAGAACCGACUAAGGAGGAAGAGGCUAGUGUGGACUCGACGGAUGCAAACGAUACUAGACUCUCGGAUCUCCAUAACACCACAAUUAAGACGGAAGACGAUUCGGAGGAAGAUAAACCAUUGUCUGCGAGGUCUAAGGUGUCGCCAAGUGUCAAGAGAAAGAAGAUCGACUCGGACGACGAGGAAGAUCUGCCGUUGAUGGCGCGCAAAAAGUCGAAGAAAACCAAUCCGAAGGCCAAGAAGAAGAAACGAAAAUAUGAGGAUGACGAAGAGUCCGACGAACCCGAAGAGAAACCAAAGAAGAAGAAGAAUACGAAAGUGGCGAAAGCUGGGGAAUCCCACACCCCCAGCCCAAGGAAGAAGAAGCAGGAGGAGGAGCAAGAAGUUUGGAAAUGGUGGGAAGAAGAAAAGAAGAGUGAUGGUACAAAGUGGCACUUCUUGCAACACAAAGGGCCAGUAUUCGCCCCGCCCUAUGAUCCUCUGCCAUCUACAGUAAAGUUUUACUACAACGGCAAGGAGAUGAAAUUAACCCAAGACACAGAGGAAGUCGCGACCUUCUACGCGCGCAUGUUGGACCACGACUACACCACUAAGACUGCAUUUAAUAACAACUUCUUCAGCGACUGGCGCGACGUGAUGUCCGAAUCAGAACGUGCCAAAAUCACCGACUUAUCCAAGUGCAAUUUCAAGGAGAUGCACACGUAUUUCUUGCAGAAGAGCGAGGAACGCAAGGCAAUGACGAAGGAAGAGAAGCAGAAGAUCAAGGAGCAGAACGAAGAGACCCAGAAGGAAUACGGCUUCUGCACCAUCGACGGCCACAAGGAGAAGAUCGGUAACUUCAAGAUCGAGCCGCCAGGUCUGUUUCGUGGUCGCGGCGAGCACCCGAAGAUGGGCAAGUUGAAGAAACGAGUGUUGCCGGAGGAUGUGUUAAUUAACUGUUCGAAAGACUCCCAUAUACCAAAACCACCAGCUGGUCAUAAGUGGAAAGAGGUGCGACACGAUCCCAACGUUACCUGGCUCGCUUCCUGGACGGAGAAUAUUCAGGGCCAAGUGAAGUACGUGAUGCUGAACCCAUCCAGCAAGCUCAAGGGCGAGAAGGACUGGCAGAAGUACGAAACAGCGCGAAAACUGGCGCAGUCAAUUGACAAGAUUCGCUCUGAGUACCGGGAAGAUUGGAAAAGUAAAGAAAUGCGUAUUAGACAGCGCGCCGUAGCCUUAUAUUUCAUCGACAAAUUAGCGCUUAGGGCUGGUAAUGAGAAGGAUGAGGAUCAGGCGGACACUGUGGGCUGUUGCUCCUUGCGAGUGGAGCACAUAAAGCUGCAUGAACAGAAAGGUGGAAAGGACUACGUAGUUGUGUUUGACUUUUUAGGUAAAGAUUCUAUACGAUAUUACAACGAAGUGCCGGUGGAGAAGCGCGUUUUUAAGAAUCUUCAACUUUUUAUGGAGAACAAAUCACCUGGAGACGAUUUGUUCGAUCGGCUCAACACUACCGUCAUGAACAAACACCUGAACGAAUUGAUGGAGGGUCUCACCGCUAAAGUAUUCAGAACUUACAACGCGUCAUGGACGCUGCAACAACAAUUGGACAAACUCACAGAUCCCAACGACACGGAGGCGGAAAAAAUCCUGUCGUAUAACAGAGCUAAUCGCGCUGUCGCCAUACUGUGUAACCAUCAACGUUCCGUGCCAAAGACUCAUGCAAAGUCGAUGGAAAACUUGAAGGCAAAGAUAGAGGCUAAGAAAGAAACAAUAUCCGAGGUCGAGCUGCAAGUGAAAGAUGCCAAACGGGACGCGAAGCAUGGUUCGGUGAAAGAAAAAGUAGUGUACGAGAAGAAGAAGAAACAGCUGGAACGUUUAAAAGACCAAUUAACAAAGCUGGAGGUUCAGGCGACCGAUCGAGAAGAGAACAAAGAGAUCGCGUUAGGCACCUCCAAGCUGAAUUAUCUCGAUCCUAGAAUUUCCGUUGCAUGGUGUAAGAAGCACAACGUGCCGAUCGAGAAGAUAUAUAACAAGACUCAGAGGGACAAGUUUAGAUGGGCAAUAGACAUGGCAGGACCUGACUACAUUUUUUAACUCUGUGAGAGUUUGCUGUCGCGUACGUCAUGAGAAGACGCCUCUCUUCAACAAUGUAUUUAGUGAAUUUUACGUUUUAGAAAAGUCGGGAGACCAAACGAGAGAGAAAGAGAGAGAGAGAGAGAGAUCGAGAAAUAGAAAGAAUGUGAGAAAUUCAGAAUUUUUUACACGAAUGCACGAUAGCGAAAUAUGAAUGUGAGAAUGCGAAAACAUAUUUUCUAUAGGAUAUUCAAACGAUUAUUAUUAAUUAAUCGACCAGCGACUAUAUAUAUAUAUAUACAUACAUACAUACAUAUGUGUAUAUAUAUAUAUGUGUAUAUAUAAACACACAUAUAUAGUGGUGUGCAAUUAAAAUUUGUCAAUGCCUCGGUAGAGCCGAUUACGUGCUUGGCACUUGCCAUUGAGGCAAGUUUGUUUUAGCUGCAAUGCCUCGCCGAAUUUGUCUAUACAAUGUAUGACGACUGUUUAUCUCCCGAGCGAGUCCUGAUGAACGGUGAUUUGUGGGAGCGUGACAAGCAAAUUUGUCGGGAGAUAAUUUUCGCGCGAGAGCAAAAGCUAUGUGUCGUAAUUUUGUUUCCUCGAUUAGGUAGAAAUUUAUAUUUACAUACGUGUGUAUUAGGAAAGUAACGAUGAAUUCGUGCGAAAAAAAAAAAUAUCUCGAUUCUAAGACGCAGUAUCAAAUGGUGCGAAGAGGCGUGUAUCUGAUGUUCACUGCGUUAUCAUGUACAUAUAGGGGGAUUCGUGAAUGACACGAAUACACAAUUUACACUUCGAUUUAAAAAGGAAAAAAAAUAAAAUUAACUCACCGGAGAAGGCAGCUGAAUUUUGUAUUCCCUUAAAAACACAAAUACCAUACACACAAACACACACGCAGCAUACUUGUUUUUCAUAAAUGUAUGAUAAUAGUGUCAUUUCACAUCGAGUACCAUUUACAUUUUACAUCGUGUAUGAAGACAUACGUAGGGUAUUACCGAUAUCGUGCACUUCUUUUUUUAUAUAAAAAAAAGAGCGGAAAAAGAAAAAACGAGAAGACAGAAAGAGGUGAUUAGGCAAAUUAUACUAUUCAGGGGUCUUAUUCUAGUACAUAUUGAGCGCUAAAUAUGCCUUUCUGAUUCUCAAGCUGGAACAUUUCUGGCGAACCUGUCGUUCGUGUACGAAUGAAAUUUGGAAUUAAAAAGGCAUACUUAACGUUCACUAUAUAUAUCGCUAGAAUAGGGCCUUGGGUCUAUAUUACCGUUCCCCAAAACUGAAUCCGACGUAAAGCAUAAUCGGGACAUAUAAAUAUAUUUAUAUAUAUAUAUUUAAGUGAAUCGUCGCUUUUUUUAGCGAUUUAUGUUUUAUAAGAAUGUCUAGACGCUAUAAUAAUAAUAAUAAUAAACGAGAAACUGUUUGA